AUGCCCGCGGACUUGCAGGCCAAGAUUUUCGAGGCUACGCCUGACGGACGUCGGAAGGUUAUUGUUGCAACGAACAUUGCGGAGACGUCUUUGACAGUGGACGGCAUUCAUUAUGUGGUAGAUGCCGGAUAUUCGAAGCUCAAGGUGUAUAAUCCCAAGGUUGGUAUGGACGCCUUGCAGAUCACGCCGGUUAGUCAGGCGAAUGCUAAUCAGCGGACUGGUCGUGCUGGGCGGACUGGGAGCGGGUUUUGUUAUCGCCUGUACACGGAGUCGGCGUUUAGGAACGAGAUGUUCCCGAACACUAUCCCUGAGAUUCAGCGGACGAAUCUUGCCAAUACGGUGUUGCUGCUGAAGUCUCUAGGCGUCAAGAAUUUGCUAGAGUUUGACUUCAUGGAUCCUCCACCACAGGCCAACAUGAUCAACUCGAUGUACCAGCUUUGGGUGCUGGGCGCGUUGGACAACGUCGGUGAUCUGACUCCUGUCGGUCGAAAAAUGUCCGAGUUCCCUAUGGAACCCUCCAUGGCCAAGAUGUUGAUCGCGUCUGUGGACUACCGGUGCUCUGCUGAGAUGCUCACGAUCGUGUCUAUGCUGUCGGUGCCGAGUGUGUUCUACAGACCGAAGGAGCGGAUGGAGGAGGCCGACGCUGCACGCGAAAAGUUCAAUGUCCCUGAGAGCGACCAUUUGACGCUGCUUAAUGUCUUUAACCAGUGGAAGUCUCAUAACUAUAGAGACGAUUGGGCGACGAGACACUUUUUGCAUCCGAAGCUGCUUCGGAAGGCGCGCGAAGUGCGUGCUCAGCUGGAGGAUAUUAUGAAGUUCCAGAAAAUGGAGAUCAUUUCGGCUGGCACGGACUUUGAUGUUCUAAGGAAAGCGAUCACGGCCGGUUACUUCCACCAGACGGCCAGAGUCAAGGGUAUUGGCGAGUACGUCAACAUUAGGACCGGCUUGCCUACGCAUCUGCACCCGACCAGCGCAUUGUACGGCCUGGGAUUCACUCCAACCUAUGUGGUAUACCAUGAACUCAUCCUGACCUCGAAGGAGUACAUGACGCAAGUUACAGCCGUUGAUGCCUACUGGCUAGCCGAGCUGGGAUCUGUCUUUUACUCGGUGAAGGAGAAGAACUUUGAUGGUUCGGGACUACGUCGCAAGUCUGAUCGCGAAUUCUCGAAGCGCGCCGAGCUGGAGACGCAGAUUGCCAAGCAACGGGAAGAGAGUGCAAGGAAGGAGGUUGAGGCUGCGUUGGCCACACAGACGUCGAGCGGUGCCAGCUCCAAGAUGAUUGUGCCAGGCACCCCGAGACAUCCAGGAGGGCGUGUGAGCCAGACGCCGAGAAGGCGAGCAGGGAUAUAA